CUCCGAUCCCGUCAAAAACCCUGCCCAGACCGUCUUUGUCGUUCAGGAUGUAGGACUGAGGGGAGCUGAGAGUCGCUGAAACACCGAGAAUCACCACAAAAACCUGAAAAAGUCUAACAUCCAUCCUGGAACCGUAGGGUCUGUAGCCGACUGCUGCUGCUGCUGCUGCUGAAUGUGCACGCUCACGGCUCCGGUGCGUCACAUGACUGAGCGGCUGAUAAGUCACGUGAUGUCAGGAGUUCCGUGCCAACAUUAUUAAGACGUUUUAGGUAACAGCCGCAGGCUCGUGGAAAUGAAGAUUAAAUACUGAUAAAGAUGAUAUUUUUAAAUUUCAAAUUAUAUUAAAACACUGAUUUAAAUAUUUUUUUCUCAAGAUUUACCUGUUAAGCUUGUUUACUUUUUCUUUCUCAUUUUUGUAAGAAUGCAGCGCUCAUUUUAAUCGGCUAACACAGUUUUCAUUUUUGUACAUCACCUUUAAAGGGGACCUGCCAUAAAAAUGUAAUUUUUGGUUUUUUUUGUGUCAUAUAAGGUCCAUAUUAUGUUCGUCUUAUGUUGUACAUGUGAAAACAAACCGUUAUGUCGUUUGCAUUCUGUAAAGGUUUAAAAUCAAGGAACGAGUAAACCAGGCCAAUUGAAAACAAGAGUACCCAGAUGCAGCGCAAGGCGGACCCAAAGACCAAAAACCGCAACAAAAAAACGCCAUAAGUUUCCGCAUUACCUCCGAUUGGCGGACCCAAAACAUGAACUUUGAACUUCUGCUUUGCGAUGCCAGAACAGUAGGUGGCGGUAUGUACCUACACUUUCUGACGGCAAAAUUUACAGAAGAAGAAGAACUCAAUCGACGUCGUUACAGGAGCACACACCCUACAAUGCGCAUUUGUACAGCGAAACAACGGUAAGGAAAAUAUUAUUUUAUAUUAUUUUAAUCAGGGCUUCCCCAGCCAGGACUUUGGCUCAGACUGUGGAAUCUUCAUGUUGAUGGUAGGUCAUAACGAGCUGUAAUGCACAAAUAUUGUAUCUAGAAUAACUUUCCAACAUGGACUUUUUUAAUGUUAUCUCACAUGUUGUCUCAUAAUUUUUUUUUUUUUAAGUCUGCCAUGUACAUCGUUCUGGACUCACAGUUUGACUACUCAGUUGUAAGUACUUUUCAACAUGCAGUGUCAUCCUCAAGGUUGUAUUUUGUAUUGUGCACUAAAAUGAAAUACAAACAACAAUUUCAGCAUGACAUGCCUGUUUUGCGGCGAUGGUGGUGCCUGUUGCUCCUGGAGAACCAUUCUUUGAACAGGUAGACAGUUUAAAUAAACUAGAUGCCCUAAUUAACUGGAAGACAAUCAAUAUAUUGUACUUAAAGAUAUAUUGUCAUUACAGUUGUGGGAAAAUCUUCGCCCACUGGACCGAAGAAUGUAAACAGCUCAUUGCUGGAAAGCAUACUCCGGUCUUCAGACUAAAGAGGAAGGCCGAGCAGCAGGACAUAGAGGUUAGAAAAUUGCCUUCUAAAAACAGUAUUAUCUCAGUGGGAGUCCUUCAAAAUGCACACAGUUGUAUGGAUCAACAUUGUCUCGAUGUAUUUGGUAAUUGAUGUUACUUUUCAAAUUGCCUUGUCAAGGAAACCAUGACGCAGACGGCAUCGGAUGUCCGAAGAAUGUGCAUGGCAGAGUCGAUGCAAUUCUGUGUCUACCAGACAUCCGACAACACAGGAGAGAGGUGUGUUGCAGACUCAAUUUAAUAAAUGCAAUUAUCGGGGCCUAUUCAGUGAUUUUCCAUGAAGUGACCACUUUUACAUAUAGUUUAAAUGCACGAAUCAUGUGGUAAAAUUAUUUAUACAUUCAAAUGUGCUGCAGAGGUAUAAUCAAUUGGACAGCGUGUUUGUUUAAUAUUAUGUUUGUCUCUCAUUUGAUCAGAUUGCUUUACCCUGAGGUAAAAUUGAUCAAAUGGGUCCAGUGCAAGACGUGCAGGGGCUGGCUGCAUCUGGAUUGUGCUGGGAUGGAAAUGGAGCCGUUUGACUGCGGGUGCGAGGACUCAAUUGAGCAUCCUCGGUAUAACAUAAUUUAUCAAGGAAACAUAGUAUCAGUCAAAAAUACGAGGCUCAAAGGAUGAAAAAAUGAGGGCUUGCUCUUUUUCUUAUUUCUCUGCAGGAUCAAGGAUGCUGUCGACAGUGGAGGAAUUCAUGCUGUCUUUUCUAAGACACAGAUCAAGGUUGCUUUUGAAUGCACUAUCAGUUGUUAAAGCCACCGUUUCUUUUUCAGAUGAUUACAUUUUUGUCUCUUGCUCUUUGGUUUCAGACAUUACAUGAUGAUCUCCUGUCCGGAAAGCUCCGCUCAAACCGAAUGUUCCUUUGGAGGAAUCCCGCCACCUCACUCCGACUCAAGCAGCACCUCAAGAUAAAGACAUUAAGUUGGAGUGAGCAGCGCGUAAGUAAAAAUGCCAUCCAUCAUGAGUAUUUUUACUCUCAGGGGUGUUACAUUUGAAAGGUGUUUACUUUGUGUGUUUUUCUUCAAUAGAUGUACGAGCUCCUGCGAUUCAUUGAGGAGGCAACAAACAUUGCUAAAAAAAUAAAGACAGGCAAUAUUCAUCUGCUUGAUUUCGUUUUAGACGUCAUGCUCCCAGAGGUGAGUAGAUCAAACUAUAUAGCUUGCUUUGAAAAUUGAUGAUAUUGUUAAGAGGUUGUUCUUAUUCAUUUGGAAAGCUCAAGAACAACAAUUAACCCAUACUGCAUAACUUCAAUUGUUCACAUUAUUUGCCUGUUUUUCAGCUUUUGAUCAAAGCACUGAAGGAGCAUGGCAUCAGCCGGUUCAGAGCGGAGCUGAUGAUGGCCUGUGGCAAUGUGUUUUGAGCCCCCCACCACACCGACGUGCUGAAUUUUGUAUAUUUUUUUUUUACUGUUCACAAUUUUGUUUGAAAAAAAUUAAAGAAAUCUUCAAAGCA